AUGAUUGCUUUCUGUUCUGUGUUUUUUGGUUUUUCUGGUUUCUUUGUUUUUUGGGUUUUUUUCUUUGGUUCUUUGUUUUUUGGGUUUUUUUCUUUGGUUCUUUGUUUUUUGGGUUUUUUUCUUUGGUUCUUUGUUUUUUGGGUUUUUUUCUUUGUUUCUUUGUUUUUUGGGUUUUUUUCUUUGUUUCUUUUUUCUUUGUUUCUUUUUUCUUUGUUUCUUUUUUCUUUGUUUCUUUUUUCUUUGUUUCUUUUUUCUUUGUUUCUUUUUUUCUUUUGUUUCUUUUUCUUUGUUUCUUUGUUUCUUUUUUCUUUGUUUCUUUUUUCUUUUUUGUUCUGGUGCUUUUUUUCUGUUCUGAGUAAGUCCUUGGCCCAGUUGCACUGGUGCUUCAACAACAAGAAAGUGAAAUCACUGGAUCUCGUCUUCGAAUCUUGUGUCAUCCAUGGCUCAGGUCAACAAUGUGAAAACUCAGCUGGGGACCAAAUGUACAAAUUUAUUCAAGUGGCUGAUUUUGAUUAUCAAGAAAUGGAAAUUCUCCAAAAUGAAAAAGUAAAAUCAUCAUAUGCUAUUGCACCAAUGCCAGAUGACAUUUCAGUCUAUAAGCUUCACAAGUUUUUCUGUCAAAUGGAUUUGAAUGAAACCAUUCAAGAAAUCGAAAACACAAAAAAGGAAAUUUUGUAUCUAAGUCAAUUUGCUCCGGGAGGAAGAAGCAGUCUUUCUUGGCCAGUUGGUUUACCUGCUCCUUUUAAACCAAAAAAUCGAUUUGAUGUCAUCCACUGGCAAUAUUUUACAGCAACCCACCUUUAUUUUGAUAGUGACUACUCCAAUGAAAAAUUAUUGAAAGGGGUUAACAAAAUGGACGUGGACGAAAUUAUCUCCUUUUCCAUCCAAGAACUGAACAAACGUUACAACAAGCGCUACAGCUUCUCUCACCUGGUCAACGGCUACCGGCGGUUUGACCCUUUUCGAGGAAUGGAGUAUAUUCUUGAUCUUUCCAUGCAUGACACACAUGCAAGCAAUGUGGCUGUUGAAAAGCGGGUACAUCUCGUACGUCCGUUGGGUCAGGUUGAGAUCAUCCCCAUGCCUUACGUGACGGAAAACACUCAAGUAAACCUUAUUCUUCCCGUGUCGGAUGAAGACAAGGAUGAAUUUGGCAGCUUUUUAGAUGCCUAUGCUCAUACCUGCCUCGACACAGGUGACAAUACGAAUUUACUUAUCAUAUUUGUCUACAAAAACAAUUCCAAAAUGCUUAAGGACGAUAAAUUUUACGUUCUCAAGUCAAUGAUUACAUAUUAUGACAACAAAUAUCAGAACAAAGGGAAAAUAACUUGGACAAAAUACGAAACGAAGGAAACGUAUGUUUCAGAUUUAAUGUUAAUGGAUACGAUAACGAAACGGUUUUCACCAGAAGCUUUGCUAAUGUUUUGCUCCGUUGGUAUGGAACUAACCACAGAUUUUUUUAACCGCGUCCGCAUGAAUAAUAUCAUUGAAUGGCAAGUAUUCUUUCCAAUUGCUUUUUGGCAAUACAAGCCAAACUUAAUCUACAACAAGCGGCCAUAUCCAACAACAAUUGAGUUAAAGCGAAACGUCGGCCAUUUUGAUAUCUAUUCCUAUGAACACAGCAGUUUUUACAACAAGGACUUCCAGAAUGCCCGUAAAGGAUUGACAUGGGACGAGUCCCGAAAAUUAGACCUUUUCAAGUUGUUUCUUCGUCAGAAGAAACUGCACGUUUUCCGAGCUAUCGAACCCACGCUGAAACAUCGGUACAAGGCGAUUUAUUGUGACCGCACAUCUCCAGCUUAUAUUUACGAGCGUUGCAACAAACGAAAACUAGAAGCUCUUGCCAACCGUCCACAAUUGGCACGAUUAAUAUUUGAAUAUGAAGAGAAAUUAGAAGCAGCAAAGAAAAAGAAUCCUGCAAAGAAAACAGUAGUGUUGGAUACGAUAAAAUCUACCGCAUCGAAGACAAAAGACAGUAAAAAGAAGAUUAUGCACUGA